UUGUGUGCUAGGUACCAUCUGAAGCAUUUGGGGAUAUGGCAGCGAACAAACAGACGAAAUCCAUGGCCUCGUGGGGGUUUCAUCCUGCAGACAUACAUGUACCAAAUGAGUAAACGGUCAAGCUAGUGUGAUAGAGUGGUGCAAUGAUCCAAGUCUGUUGAAGGAAUGAACAAAAGGGCCUUCCCUUUCAGCCUCUCUCAGUUGGUUGUGAACUUUUGGGAACUCCUGGGUUUGCCUCUCACCUCCAUCACUUCCUAGCUGGAGACCUUAGGUAGCUCCCCACUUCUCUGAUCCUCACUCUGUUUGGUGGGAACCAAAGAGCCAGGCCUUUGAGAGGACAGGUUGGCAGCAUCUACCCAAACUUAAAGUAAGCAUGCCCUCCAAUCCAGAUACUCCCACUUUCAAAAGUGCCCAAAGAGGCUGGGACCAGGAUGUUCAUGGCAGCAUUCAUUCACUCAUUCAUUCAACAAAAAAUUAUUAUGGGGAACCAGCAGUGAAGGAGCCAGGUGAGGUUUCCUCUUCCUGGAGCUAACACCCUGGUGGGAGAGACAGCAACAAGCAAGGGAACAAAUAAAUACAUGAAGUUCUUUCAGAUAGUGAAAAUCUCAGCAGUGCCCAGGGACCAGGCCUUUGCAGGACACAUAGAGGACUUUGGAUUUUACUGAGAGAGAUGGGAGCCAUGUGAGUGCUCGAGCAGAGGAGGGAUGUGGCUAGACCUGGGGGACUUGGUGGAGGUGGAAGCAGACAGACGGGGACGGAGGGGCUGCUAUCCAGGCCAGGUGAUGGUGAGGUGCUAGCAGUGGAAGGAGGGGGAGAAGUGGUUAGAUCCUGGGUACAUCUUUUCAUCUUUUAAAACUUUUUAUUAAAAGUAACAAAUGUACAGAAAAGUGCACAAGUCCUAAGUGUAUACAGCUCAAUGGAUUUUCACAAAGUCAACAUAUACUUGUAAGGAGCGCUCAGAUGAAUCAGGAAACACGCAGAUGAAGAAACAUGUGCAUUGGCUGCCUUUUAAGGAUAGAGCCAACAAUGUUCUGGGGAACACGGUGAGGCAUCCAAGAGGACCCCACGGCUUGGCCUAAGCAAUUAGAAGAGUGGAAGUGCUCUCACCUGAGGUGGGAAGUCGGGGGACGGGGGCAACCGGAGUUGUGCAUUGAUAUUUUGAGUUUGAGAUGCUUGCUAAUAUCCAAGUGAAAAUGUCAAGUAGGAAGUUGAAUACGUGGGUCUGGAGUUCAGGGGAGUGUUUUGAGUUGGAAAUAAUCUACUUACAGGAUGACUGUGCCCUGACUUGCAUAUAUACAAGGUAGCUGUAGGCCAAAAGGGCUGUACUCUUCUUAGGAGUUGUUGAGAUGAAUGAAUGAAUGGGCAGGUAGGGUCAGGGACUUGACCUUAUUUCCUCUGCCAGGGCCCCUUUGCCUGCUGACGCUGCUGUUGCCACUCCUCAGUCCGGCAGCCCCCAUCUCCCCAGCUGGGCCCAUCAGUCAAGCCUAUAGCCUGGCCCUCUACAUGCAGAAGAACACAUCCACGCUGCUGCAGACUUAUCUCCAGUACCAGGGCAGCCCCUUUAGCGACCCUGGCUUCUCAGCCCCCGAGCUCCAGCUGAGCAGCCUGCCUCCUGCCGCCGUUUCAUUCAAAAUCUGGCACGCCCUGGAUGAUGGGGAGCGGCUGAACCGUGCCCAGGGGGCCUUCCUGGCCUUGACCCAGCACCUCCAGCUCGUGGGGGACGACCAGAGUGACCUGAAUCCUGGCAGUCCCAUCCUGCUGGCCCAGCUCGGGGCUGCAAGACUCAGGGCCCAAGGCCUGCUAGGCAACAUGGCUGCCAUCAUGACUGCCCUGGGGCUGCCUAUCCCCCCAGAAGAGGACACUCUUGGACUUGUUCCUUUUGGGGCAUCAGCCUUCCAGAGGAAAUGUCGAGGCUACGUAGUGACCCGGGAAUAUGGCCACUGGACAGACCGAGCUGUGAGGGACUUGGCUCUGCUCAAGGCCAAAUAUCCAGCAUAGAAGGUAGGAGUUCCUGUCAGAGGCUACACCACUUCCUCUUUCACAGUGGAUUCUUUUCUGCCUUACUUCUGGGCUAGAGAAGGAGAUACAUCUCGUCUAGCAGGGCUUGUGUGCCAUGUCUUGGGAAAUAUUUCCUGGAAGCCAAGUUUCAAUUCCUCAUUGCCUGGGCCUUCCUGCCCAGGUCCCAUGGCUUCCCUUCCAGAUUUGGGUGGGUCUCCAUGGAUACUACUACUUCAUGGAUUACCAAUCCAGUGGUCCUGCUUCCUGUUUAGAAAGAAGUGCCUCUCUGAAGAGGCUUCACUUCCCACUAUAGGACAGUUGGUCUCUUUGCUGGGUGCUCCCUGAGACCUUCCCCUUCCUGUGAUUCUGGGGAGGUCCAGGGCCGCCUUUCUGUCUCCAUCUACCUCACUUCCUGUAUGAAGAUAUGGCCUUUCUGAGCAGACAGGCCUCCCAUCUUGCUGAAAUUUAUUUCCUCCCCUAGUCUACUUCUCUGCCUAUGGCUACUGUUCUACUUCCUGUCUGAAGAGGUUUCACUUCCUGAUCAGUGAUGUCCAAUUUUUCAAGAACUAUGGACUCAGUCACAUGUUUUCUGCUUGGACACAUCCAUGUCCUGUUCUGGCAGGCUGGUAGAUAGAGUCCCUGGCCUGGGGC